GCCGCUCACCUGGGAAAAGAUCAUCGUGCUAGGCGAAGGGGGGCGAAGUAGAGAGAGGUCGUGCUACCGGCUCUGUGAAGGGGUUGGUUGGGAUGGACCUUGAGUCUAAAGGGUUGGUCUGAAGAAGGGAAACAGACUGCUCAGCUCCUGGAACUCCGGACAAAUAACUACCAGCUUUCAGAUGAACUACGGAAGAAUGGUGUUGAACUCACCAGUCUUCGACAGAAGGUUGCCUACCUGGAUAAGGAGUUCAACAAAGCUCAGAAGGCACUGAGCAAGAGCAAGAAAGCUCAGGAAGUCGAGGGACUGCUGAGUGAAAAUGAGAUGCUGCAGGCAAAGCUGCACAGCCAGGAGGAAGACUUCCGUUUGCAGAACAGCACGCUUAUGGCUGAGUUCAGCAAGUUGUGUAGCCAGAUGGAACAUCUGGAGCAAGAGAACCAGCAGCUGAAGGAUGGCGCUGCUGGGGCAGGGGCUGCCCAAGCUGGGGGCCUCGUGGAUGGCGAACUGUUGAGACUGCAGGCGGAGAACACAGCCUUGCAGAAGAAUGUGGCAGCCCUGCAGGAGCGCUAUGAGAAAGAAGCUGGAAAAUCCCCAACUGCCAAUGAGGGCCAAGGGGAUCCCCCAGGGGGCCCAGCACCCACUGUCCUGUCCCCCAUGCCUUUGGCAGAAGUGGAACUGAAAUGGGAAAUGGAAAGGGAAGAAAAGAGGUUGCUUUGGGAACAACUACAAGGCUUGGAGAGCUUGAAGCAGGCUGAAACAUCCAGGCUGCAGGAAGAACUUGCUAAGCUCUCUGAAAAACUGAAAAAGAAACAAGAAAGUUUUUGCCGUCUGCAGACAGAAAAGGAGAUGCUGUUCAACGACAGCCGGAAUAAGAUUGAGGAGUUACAACAGCGGAAGGAAGCUGAUCUCAAAGCCCAGUUGGCUCAAACUCAGAAGCUACAGCAAGAACUUGAGGCUGCCAAUCAGAGCUUGGCAGAGCUGAGAGAUCAGUGUCAGGGGGAACGCCUGGAGCAUGCAGCAGCUCUACGAGCCCUACAAGAUAAGGUGUCCAUCCAGAGCGCAGAUGCACAGGAACACGUGGAAGGACUUUUAGCAGAGAACAGUGCCUUGAGGACUAGCCUGGCUGCCCUGGAGCAGAUCCAAACAGCAAAGACGCAAGAACUGAACAUGCUCCGGGAACAGAAUACUGGGAUGACAGCUGAGUUGCAGCAGCGGCAAACAGAGUAUGAGGACCUCAUGGGACAGAAAGAUGACCUCAACUCCCAGCUGCAGGAGUCAUUACGAGCCAAUAGUCGGCUGCUGGAACAACUUCAAGAAGUCGGGCAGGAGAAGGAGCAGUUGACUCAGGAGCUACAGGAGGCUCGGAAGAGUGCUGAGAAGCGGAAAGCCAUGCUGGAUGAGCUAGCAAUGGAGACACUGCAGGAGAAGUCCCAGCACAAGGAAGAGCUGGGAGCGGUCCGACUACGGCAUGAGAAGGAGGUACUGGGAGUGCGCGCCCGCUAUGAGCGUGAGCUCCGAGAGCUGCAUGAACACAAGAAACGUCAGGAGGAGGAGCUCCGUGGGCAGAUCCGCGAAGAGAAGGCCCGAGCUCGGGAGCUGGAGAAUCUCCAGCAGACAGUGGAGGAACUUCAAGCUCAAGUACACUCUAUGGAUGGAGCCAAAGGCUGGUAUGAACGGCGCUUGAAGGAAGCAGAAGAAUCUCUACAGCAGCAGCAGCAAGAACAAGAGGGAGCCCUCAAACAGUGUCGGGAGCAGCAUGCCAGUGAGCUGAAGAGCAAGGAGGAGGAGUUACUGGGUCUGCAGGGUCAGCUCCAGCAGGCCCAGGAGGAGCGGGACAGCCACCUGGAAACCAUCAGCAACCUGAAGCAGGAGGUGAAGGAUACCAUGGAUGGACAGCGAAUCUUGGAGAAGAAGGGCAGUGCUGUGCUCAAGGACCUCAAGAGGCAGCUGCACCUGGAGCGGAAACGGGCGGAUAAGCUGCAGGAGCGGCUGCAGGACAUCCUCACUAAUAGCAAGAGCCGCUCUGGCCUUGAGGAGCUGGUUCUCUCAGAGAUGAACUCACCAAGCCGGACCCAGACUGGGGACAGCAGUAGCAUCUCCUCCUUCAGCUAUCGGGAGAUCUUGCGGGAAAAGGAGAGUUCAACUGUUCCAGCCAGGUCCUUGUCCAGCAGCCCUCAGGCCCAGCCCCCAAGGCCCGCAGAGCUGUCAGAUGAGGAAGUGGCUGAGCUCUUUCAACGCCUGGCUGAGAUGCAGCAGGAGAAGUGGAUGCUGGAGGAGAAGGUGAAGCACCUGGAGGUGAGCAGUGCCUCCAUGGCAGAAGACCUCUGCCGGAAGAGCGCCAUCAUUGAGACCUAUGUCAUGGACAGCCGGAUAGAUGUGUCUGUGGCAGCAGGCCACACAGACCGCAGCGGGCUGGGCAGUGUCCUGAGAGACCUAGUGAAGCCAGGUGAUGAGAACCUUCGGGAGAUGAACAAGAAGCUGCAGAACAUGCUAGAGGAGCAGCUCACCAAGAAUAUGCACUUGCACAAGGACAUCGAAGUUCUGUCCCAGGAAAUUGUGCGGCUCAGCAAGGAGUGUGUCGGGUCCCCUGGCCCAGACCUACAACCUGGAGGAGCCAGCUAAAGACCUGCAGGCUGCACCCACUCCCUCCCCUCCCCACCCCUGCCAGGACACCAUUCCCUUGAGCUUUGGUGGGAAAAUGGGGUGGGGGGGUGCGUGGGGGGCUAAUGCCAAAAUCCAAUAGGGUGGGAAACUGGACAUUAAAGGGGUUGGAGGCCUGAUGGCUGGUGUUAAUGACCCUGUCUUAGGGUUGAGACCCAGGGGGAGUGGGGAUCCUGUGGGGAGGGGCAGGGAUUUCUCUUCCUUCUUGACCCUGGUUCCCAGGGAUCUUUGCCUUCAUCUCUGCAUGAGCUCACUCUCCCAGAGACCAACUCUUUUUUAUUUUAUUUUAUUUUUUAAUUUAUGUCUGGAAGCCUGGCUACUCUGCAUUUGGGAUUGGGGAUGUUGGGUGGGGCGUGGUCCAUGUUUAGCAUUCUAGCAACAUGUAUGUAUGUGUGUGUGUGUGUGUGUGUGUGUGUGCACACGUGCGCAUGUGUAUAAAGGCUGUGCAGCCAAAAUACCAUCUGGCCAGAUGGGCCCACCCCACUGACUGUCUGCUCUCAUUCUUUCCAACCAUGAGGGAAAGGAUGGGGAGGGUGGGGAGGUCACAUCAUUGGAAUGGGGAAGGAUGUCUCUUAUGAGAAGGGUGGUAUCUGGCUACAACUUCACUCUCCUUCCCCCACCCUCACCUAGCCUGUCUCCAGCUACUGUUUGUUGAUCAACCCUUCACACUGAGUGGAGUAGAAAUAGUUGCAAACAUAUAUAUGCGUAUGGACAUGUAUGGGGUGUGGGUGUAGAGGAGUGGCCAGAUGGGAGGAUGGACUGAUGGAUAAAGAAGUGGAAGUUUGGCAUGGAUUGAUGAUGAAUGGGUCGGGAAAUAAUGGACAGAUGGAUGGACGGAGAGGUGUUUAGGUGAAUAAAUAGAUUGGUAAGUGGAUAGAGGUUGGAUAAGUGAGGAUGUACGUGGACAGAUGGAUGACUGGGGAAAGAAUGGAUGGAUGAGUAAAUGAAGAGUGGAGCAGGUAAAUGAUGAGCAGGGUUUUGGAUGGACAGAUGGGUGGAGGGGGAUAGAUAUGGAUACUUUGGUGAAGAGGAAGGUAGAUGGGGUGAAUACAAAUGGUUGAGUGAGUGGGUGGAUUAAUGACAAAAUGGACAGAUGGAUGGGUAGAAGAACAGGUAGAGUAAUUGGUUGAGGGAGAAUGGAUGGAUAGGUGGGUGGUGGGAUGGAGAAAUAGACAAAUCAGGAAUGUGCUGAGUGCACAGAUGGAGGAUUGUAUGGGUGGGUAAAUCAAAGGGCUAAAACUGGCCCUGCAUUACUGCUGCCCCCUCACAACACACCUUUAAUUACCUAAGAUGAGUCCUCUGUGCACUAUUCCCUGUGCCACUCCCUUUCACAUCACUCCAUUAAAUGCUUUCAAUGACACUA